AGACGAAUAGCUUAUACUACACUCAAGUUAAUCUAAUCCACGAGUUAUCGGCAUCAACGUCGGUCUACCUGGAAACAUGGCGGAUAACCCCAAACACGUUACUGACGAGGAAAUCAAGGCUAUAGCAGUAGGUAUAAUGCGUAAAUGGACAUCCAUGUAUAAUGUUGGUAACUUAAGACUGCUAGUUGACUUCUAUGCACCAGAUGCAAAACUAAUGGCACCCGGUGAUGUAACUAGAUAUGGAAGGGAAGAGAUUAUGGAAGGACUCGUGCGCAUGCGUAAAUUUGUUGCUUCGUAUCAUCCACACGAACCUGAUCGGGUUGGAACCAUCAUCGAGAAUGAAAUGUACUACUUUUCCGCUGGAAUCACGUGUUACAACGCCGAUGGCGAACCAUUGUACCCAGGCAAAGGAGUCUUCCUGACUAAGAAAGUGGAUGGAGAGUUUCUCGUUUACACAGAUUGUUUCAACUAUAACACAGACCUCAAGAAAUAACGUUUUCAUUGUUGUUAUAAGAGAGUAACCCAAAUCUUGAUUGUUUAACGCUUCCCUGUACAUCUUAUGGCUUAUUAAUAGUUAUGUUUAUUAUGCCAUCAGAUGUCAUCACUGACGUCACACUGCGUCAUACGAGUCCCAUAUUGAAAGAAUGCGACAAGCGCAAUUUGAACCUGUGCUUGCAGACGACUGGAGUCAAUGCGAUGCUACUUAAAAGACUGUGCCUGAUUGGCUAACCAAACCCAACACCUAACAGUUGGACUAAUCAGAGAUCAGCUUAUUUGUUGGUAGUUUUUGUUUUUAACAAAACAAAUUCUGCCUUAUUUCUAUGCUUUGGCUCAAUUUGACUGGUGUGGCACAUUUUGCAAUGUUUCUAUAACACGUCACGUGUUUGUUUGGCCUGACUAAUCACAUUUUCAGGUCAAACAUUGAUAAUUUGUACAAAACAACACACGAAUUGAGAGUCCCAUACCGCAACGACUACGAUGCCCUCAUCUGAAGUUUAGACGAACAUCACCGAGCAGUUUCGUGAGCAGAUUCGAUUGCUAGUUUUCAGCAUCUUAGGGUGUCAUCAAGCCACCUUAACGUACGCGUGAUUUAUUGUUUGAUGAUUGUAGAUUGACUAUUAGAUUACAAAACUAUAUUCGAUGUGAAGCAUUUUUUAAUUAAGAUUAGUUUGAGACUGGAUGUACCCUAGUUACCGAGUUGUUUUCUGUAUAUUCAUUAGGUCGAAGGCCUUUUGAAUUUUCUAGAUAUUGAGAUGUAUCAUAUAUACUACAUAUGGUAUUUAGCAUUGGGAAAAAUGUCAGUUUCUCGAUUUUAUACAUCAUUUUCUCUGACGUUCAUCAGAUGAAUUUUGUUUCCAUUUUCUUAUUUGUCGGGGGUAAAGCGAAAUAAUUGUAAUAAAAGUAUUAUACAAUGGUAA